AUGGAGUGCGAACCAAGGAUUGAAGAUGGUUCAGUUCCUGUCGAUGGCACCGAAUUAAACAAAGUGGACUGUUUCAAGUACCUUGAAUCCGAAGUGACUUCCACAGGCGACAUUGAUCAAGAAUGUCGAGCUCGUGUUAAUGCGACAUGGGACGGUUCUAUGGUUGUGCGUCCUGUUGCGAUCGUUCUAUUGCGAAUGCUGGACGAAAGCCUUAGAAAAAGUGUUGCACGCUAUGGAGAUGCGGAUGUUGAGGUGAUGGGUGUUAAUAGGCGUGAGGCCACACCGCAGACCAAGGAUACGCUGGUUAGACUGUGUGAAGUUGAAUAUGAUAGAUGUGCGUUCGUGUACGGCUCAUGCUCCAGAUCGAACCAAAUGGAAGACAGGAAGCAGAAAGGCGGACUCUACAACAACGAGGGACAAACGCUAGGAAGAAGAAGAGGCUAG